AUGCCCAUGCCCGCCGACGGCCGGCACCACCUCCAGUCCGCAGCACCUGCGAGGGCUGUCGACUGUACAACUUCAAGAGCCGCCGCGCGCGAUGGCCCAACUUCGUCAGCGGAUGCGCAAAUCCAGGAUGCGGCCGCCCAGGCCCUGGCAACCGCCGUCAUGCCCAGGAGACAUGUCAUAUUCCCUGAUCCUGUAGCGUUCCGAUUCCUCCAAAACGAGCCAUAUGUUUCUCUCGUCGAGCGUCAGACCUUCCUCUCGGGCUACGAGCUCUAUCUGGUCGAGCAGUGGGCCUGCUCUCGAGGAUCCCCUACUCUGGUAGUAGCCACCCAUACCGGCGACGACAAAGAUCGAAUAUCCGCCGGUAUUCUCUCUAUACCCGACGACAAUACACUGUGGUCUGCCCGGCUGCAGCUCUUUUUCAAGGCUGCCAAUCAGUACCACGCACGUCCCAAGGAGACUGGCAUGGGUCAGCUGCUUGUUACAAACCUCAGCAACUUUCCUUCCUCCUUGACUGUUAUCCCGGUCCCGGACGGCGACAUUCGAAGACACCGCCAAACCUUCAUCGUCAAUGAAGACUUGAAGCGGCUAGGAUGUGCUGGUCGAUCAGGCCUCACCCUAACUGAGCCCCCCGAAGCGACCAGAUCCAAGUUUCACCAGCUCUACAAGACAUCCGAACGCAUUCCGUUUAUGCAGUCUGUGACGGAAUUGAUCAAGCUCUGUCAGGUUGCGCUAUACAUGUUUGACAAACUAGAGCCCGAGUACAUUGAUGGGCUCCUUUGCGACGUCACCGAGGCCGCAAUCAGCGACUGGUGGACCGAGAUUGGCGCUGAGCACUACAACUAUGAGCCCUCUGAUGGCAUACUUGGUCCCUCAACCGUGGCUGCUCUACUUGGUAUGCUCAUGGGUGCCAGGAAUCGCCUGAGUUGGCAGGGUGCUCCAGUUUCAAAAGAUGUCUUCGACAUUGAAAGCACAAAACGCGGCAUCUCAUAUUUUCAGAAGUCGCAAAAGCUAGACAAGACCCGGCGGCUGGACAGACAAACCCUUUUCCGGCUCCAUAACUCAACCGCCAAGGCGGCCGCCGGCGAAGGAUGGGGUGUUCAGAAGGCUGUCAACUCUACAGUCACCGGAAUUGGUGGCAAGCGAGGCGAAAUCGUCAUGGAUAUGGUGUCUGGCAAAGACAAGGGUGGCCUGGCCGACGUGGAAACGCUGGAUCUAGACAGGUUCAUCAAGCUGGCCUAUGGCGAGCAAUCAAAGUGGCUCUGGCACGGCAAGCAACGCAGGGCUCCGCUAGGAUCGCGAGAUUUGGACCACGAGUUGGGUGGUCUUUUGCUUGGGCGAAGCGACUUGUCCGGUCAUGCGUCGCGCACAGCAAAUGCGCUACAAGCAGACGACGAGGCCGCGUUCAGGCGACAAGAGGACCCUCAGGCUGCGCCACCGAGCAGGAUGGGCACCGGCAAUACCUACGAUAGCGUGGGCGAUCGAGACGGUGGCCGCAGAACCGUCUUCAAGAGUGUGGCAGGAAACGCCAAGUCCGGUCUGGAUCGCAUCAAAGAUGCCGUGGGAGGCACUCGAAGAGGGCAUGCGCGGUGGCCAUCAAGCUCCAACAGAGACGACUUGCCUGAGAAUCUACCGGGGCUAAGAAUGGGCCUCGACAAUGCACGCAGCUCCGGCGCCAUGACCGGUCCCGCCACUGUGGGUAGAGCUUUCACCUGGAGGGAGAAGCCGGAAGAAUACCUGGCAGCACUUCGUCGUGGAGAUCCCGAUGCGCUUCGAGGGCUGCAGGCUACCACCGCCUUAGAGCCCGCUUCUGCAGAUCCAGCAUUCUUUUAUAAGAAAGAACAGCUAGGAGAUGCACCAAGAGGCCUUGACACGGAGCAAAACCUCCAAGCUAUUGGCGCAGAAGUUCGCGAUCAAGUGUUGUCACGCGCACCGUCAGCUGUCCGCUCGGCAAUCGAUGAAACCGACUUUGAAGGACCGUUGCUGGAAUCGGAAAGGACAGGCGAUCAAAGGCACCUGAGGCUGUGCCGUCGGCAUAGCUCUCCCAGCCCCGCCAUGGACAGUAGUCAUGCUCCAAACGAGAACCGGUAUCCCAGACGGCUGUCGUUCUCCAAUGCAGAGGAAGCCAUACUCGGCUGGGAGGAAAUUAUCCCGAUCAGCGACUCUACCGGCAAUGAUACGGGGUCUGCGGCCGCGCAGACCGAGCUGCUCGCGCAGCUCGCCCGGCAGGUUGACCUGCUGGUCAACGGCGUGGGGCCUUGGGUCGGGGACAAGAUCAAGCUCGUGGAGACGCUCGACGAGCGCUACGGCAAAGACGCAGCGGAGUUGGCGGCGCACUGCCGGCAGCUCGGGGAGGCGUGCGAGCGCGUGCGCAUGGACUCGGAGGGCAUCGUCGCGGACGAGCGGCAGCGCCUGCAGCUCAGCAUCAAGGAGCUGGAGACAAUGGUGGCGCAGCUCGAUUACGAGCUCAAUGCGCUUGCGUCCAAGGUACACGAGGUGGAAGACGGCAUCGUCCAUUUCGAGCGGCAGGUGGUGGACAUUGAGGCGCGCGCCGACGAGCUCAAGACGCAGCUCGAGACGGAGAGCUGGCUGCACUGGUUCGUCAGGACCCUGACGGGCGUGGGAACCGGGCCGAACAUUACUCGAUCCGUGUAG